CGGCCCCAACCCAGCGCGGCUGCUCCCCCGGGCCCGCGGGUGUAUGUGUGCGCGGGGCCAUGUCGUAUCCUCAGGGCUACUUGUACCAGCCGUCUGCCUCCUUGGCUCUCUACUCGUGCCCGGCGUACAGCACCAGCGUGAUUUCCGGACCCAGGACCGAUGAACUUGGGAGAUCUUCUUCGGGCUCCGCUUUUUCCCCUUAUGCCGGAUCUACCGCCUUCACCGCCCCGUCCCCGGGUUACAACUCGCACCUCCAGUACGGCACGGACCCGGCCGCCGCCGCCGCCGCCGCCUUCACUUCCUACGUGGGCUCUCCCUACGAGCACCCCCCGGCCAUGGCGGGCUCCCUGGGCUACCACCCGUACGCGGCGCCGCUGGGCUCCUAUCCCUACGGGGAUCCCGCGUACCGCAAGAACGCGACGCGGGACGCCACGGCCACGCUCAAGGCCUGGCUCAACGAGCACCGCAAGAACCCGUACCCCACCAAGGGCGAGAAGAUCAUGCUGGCCAUCAUCACCAAGAUGACCCUCACCCAGGUCUCCACCUGGUUCGCCAACGCGCGACGGCGGCUCAAGAAGGAGAACAAGAUGACCUGGACCCCGCGGAACCGCAGCGAGGACGAGGAGGAGGAGGAGAACAUCGACCUGGAAAAGAACGACGAGGACGAGCCGCAGAAGCCGGAGGAGAAGGGGGACCCUGGCUCUCCGGAUGCAGGAACGGCGGAACCCAGGGCCGCGCCGGGCUGCGAGCGUCUGCAGGAGCCCCCCAGCCCGCGGGAGGCCGAGGCCGGCCUCAGCGACUCGGAUUGCAAGGAGCCUCCGGAGGAGCGGCUCGACGGGCCGCCCAAAGCGCCCGGCGCUUCCCCGCUGGGGCCGUGCCCGGGGGGCCGCGGUCCGGGCCCCGAGGAGCCCCCGCCGUUCCGGCCGCCCUCCGCCGCCGCGGGGCCGCCGCACGUCGCCGAGCCGCACCCGCUGCCGCCCGCCGCCGCCUCCGUCAUCCACUCGCCGCAGCAGGCGGCCCUCGCCAAGCCCAAGCUCUGGUCGCUGGCCGAGAUCGCCACCUCGGCGGACAGGGCGAGGGAGGCGGGUGGCGAAACGGCGGCCCCCGGCCCCGCCGUGCUGGGAGGCGGCGGCCCCCCGCGCCCCUCUCCGCCGCGGCCCCGCUCGCCGCCCGCGCAGUGCCCCUUCCCCAACGGGGCGGUCCUGCCGCGGCCGCUCUACUACACGGCGCCCUUCUACCCCGGCUACACGAACUACGGCUCCUUCGGGGCCCUGCACGGGCACCCCGCCGGCGGGCCCGCCGCGCCCGGCGCCGCCUUCAAUGGAUUAAACCAGACUGUGCUGAGCCGGGCCGAGGGGCUGGGGAAGGAGCCCAAGGCGGCCAGGAGCCAGCCCCAGGCGGAGCUCGGCAAGGACUCGCCUUACGAACUGAAGAAAGGUAUGUCCAGCAUUUAAUGUCGGCUUCCCUCCUUCCCCCGCUGGGACUGUGCUUCGGUUCUUUUUCUUUUUUUUUCUUUUUCUUUUUUUUUUUUUUUUUAAUUUAUUGAAAGAAAUAAGAAAUGCCGCGGCAGUUAUUUUUCCACUACCAAAAGAAAGGCAAAAACGAAACAAGCGGCGCCGAGUGGUUCGCCCCCCCGCGCCCGCAGCGCUCCCCGCGGCCCCCACGGACGUUUGUACGGAUCCCUCUGUAUAUUUAAUGUAGCUUUUGUAUUUAAAUUGAUAAUACGGUAUCUUUGAAGUAAAUUAUGAAAUCGAGACACCUGUACAGGCAUUAAUGUUGUUUUCGUAAUAUAAAUAUAUACAUUUCUGUGUCUU